GUUGCAGAUAAAUAUAGGGAAGUUGGAAGUGCGGAUAAUAUGUCAUACAUUUGGUCUGAAAUUAAACAGGCAAAGGAAGAACAAAGAAGAGAAUUAGUUUUGAAAGGUCCGGAGUUAAAGAAGAAGGUUGAUGAUGCAGACGGGUGUCUUCCUGAUGAUCUUUAUGAACUAUCAUUGCUCAAUUUUCUUGAAGUAAAUUCUUUAGGAGUAAAAUGUUUAAAUCCAAAGUUGGAGAAUUUGCAGAAUUUGUCUCAGUUGUUUCUUAGGCAGAAUUUGUUAACUGAGAUUCCUGCAUGUGCCUGUAAUAUAAUAACACUCAAAAUACUGGAUUUGUCUCAAAAUGCUCUAACUCUACUCCCACAAAAUUUGGGAAAUCUGGUCAAUCUUCAAACACUUAAUGUUGCUCACAAUUCUUUAAGUGAUGUACCUGAAAGUGCAAAAGCUUUGGCAAACCUAGCGGUUUUAGAUAUUUCAACAAACAAGUUUACUGAACUUCCUUACUGUUUGUUUGAACUGCCACUGAGUGCUCGUCUUGCAGAAAUACAUGCAUCACACAAUGCCAUUGAAGAUGUGAAGGAUGAAAUAGAAGAAAUUACAAUGCUAAAAGUUUUUGAUUUGUCCAAUAAUCAACUGAAUGAACUAACAAAGAACAUCGGUUAUUGUUUAAAAUUAAAACAAGUGAACUUUAAAAGCAAUCCACUUAAAGAUAGGAGACUGCGUAAAUUGGUUGACCAAGACAGCUCACAAAAGUCAAUUAUGGAUUACAUUCGUAGCAAAGGACGUCAAAGUAAGAAGAAAGAAAGCAAAUCAAAAAAUGUAAAUGAAAAACAAACCGCUGGUAAAGGGGCAAGAAAAAAGUUAAAGGACCAAAAGGCACAGGAGGCAGAGAAUAUUGAUGAACUGAUAAAAUGCGUUAUUGAAGUUCUUAAAGUUGAAGAACAAUCAACAGCUGUUCCAGAAAACUUCAGGGUGGUGGUAUAUGAAGAAGCAAGAGAGGUUCGACCUUUCAUAGUGUGUUGUAUUCUACGCGGUUUAACUCUUGAUACUGGUGACAAAUACAAAAACUUUAUCACCCUGCAGACAAGACUUCAUGAUGAGGUUUGUGGUAAACGAACUAUUGCCACCAUAGCAACCCAUGAUAUGUCAGCACUUAAAACUUGUUUUGUUGAAUAUGAUGCACAACCACCCAAUACAUUUAAGAUACAUCCACUUGGUCGAAAAGCAGCAGUUGGAGCCCUAGAAUUUUACAAGAGGUUAUGCAGCGAAGCAGAAAAUAUGAGGAAAGAUAAAAAAAGAAAUCAAGUGUCUGGGAUUCAUAAAUAUUUAUCAAUGCUGAAAGAUCAGGAGCAAUUUGCAUUUCUUCGAAGAAGUUCAGAUGAUUGCAUUAUAUCUCUUCCACCAUUAACCAACUGUGAUGCAACCAAGAUAUCUCCAGAAUCUACCGAUAUAUUUGUUGAAGUAACUGGCACAAAGUCAUUAAGGUCAUGCAAAGAUGUUCUGGAUGAAUUUUUGAAACGUCUUGUUGAACUUGGAUGUUAUUCAACAGCAAUCAAAACUAAUAAAGAGAAAGACUUCUAUGAUGAUUCUAGUGAUGAGGAAAAUACUGAAAAUCCGAAUCACACGCUCGUGGUACAACAAGUUCGAGUUGAAGAUGAGAAAGGAGACGUGAGGGUGGUGUACCCAGCUAAAACUGAUCUGCUGUUUGAUACAAAAGAAAUCAAAAUUCUUAGAUAUACAGAGAAAUGAAACAUGCACAUCAAUUGGCUUUUGUUUUAAACAGAACUGGUUUCUAAUUUGGGUUUUUGUUGUUGUGGUUAUUGAAAGAGUUUUGUGCAUUAUCUUGGUGCCAUUCACAAAUUCUGUUUUAUGUGGUUAGCACAGACUUUUGUUAAUGAUUCACUAUCCGUUUAUAAUUUAAAGGUAAUUCUGUUAUUUCCUAGGUUUGUUGUGCCUAAUAUUUUUAACUGCUGAACUAAGCUGAAAAGCAAAGAAUGUCAAUUACAGCAUUUUAAAACUGUGAACAUGAUGGAUAAGCAUGAAAUCAUUUCAACCAGAAACCAUUUUUUGAACUAUGCAGCUGGUAUGGUUUUGUUACUGCCAUAAAAUACUGUUGAAUUUCUUACUUUAUAAAAAUUCUACUACUAUGUCAUGAAUAAAUGAUAGAUUUACUUGGGACAAAUUAACAGUUGCACCCAACAAUGGAUUUGAAAG